AUAUGGAUUCCUUUAUCUACAGUAUUCUUAUCAUCUCAAUCCUAGCUUUUAUUAUUAUAAGACUAAUCCUCUUUUUUUCUUCUAAAUCCUGCAAUGGAGUCCCUCAGAAGAGGCUAUUGCUAGGGAUGUUAUCGUUAUUGUUUCCGAACCUGGACUUAAGCGUUCACGAUAGAACUGCUGAAAUGCUUGAAAGAAGCAAGGGAACAAUACACAUCCAUCAAUAUUCAUGGUUCACUGGCACCAAAGUCCUGCUCACCAGUGACCCUGCAAACGUCUGCCAUGUACUAAGCACUAACUUUUCCAACUACCCCAAGGGGUCGAAAUGGAGAGAACACGUAGAUGUUCUUGGAGACACCCUUUUCAGUGCCGAUUUUAAAGAGUGGGAGAAAGAAAGAAAACUGGUACGUUCUCUCACUAGUUACCACAAAUUCCAUCAGGCCACCACCAAGAUUGUUUGGGACAGAAUACAGACAGGGCUCAUCCCUGUGCUUCAACAUGCUUCGAAACUGGCUCUACUGGUUGACCUCCAAGAUUUGUUUCAAAAACUCAUCCUUGACAUUGCUUGGAUGAUAUCCAUCGGCUACAAUCCCAACUUUCUGGGGAUCGAGUUUCGGAAAGAUCCGUUCUCCGUGGCUUUAGAAGAUGCAUGUGAAGCGGCUUUUUCUCGUUUUCUAAUGCCCCAUAGUUUGUGGAAGUUACAUAGGUGGCUAGGAAUUGGCAAAGAAAAGAAACUAAAACAUGCUUGGGAAACCAUUGAUCGUGUCUUUGCAGAUUGCAUAUCUAAGAAGCAAGAAGAAUCAGCCAAAGGGGAAGAUCAUGAGGAGGGCUGCAAUUUCGAAGGUGUUUACUGCGUUACCGGGGAGGAUAAGGCCUUCAGAUCAGCUGCUACUCGUAAAGGGUUGAGGGACAACAUUGUCAGUUUCAUAUUUGCCACACAAGACACAACUAGUUCAGUUCUUACAUGGUUCUUCUACAGUGUUGCCAAGCAUCCAUCUGUUGAAGCUAAAAUCAGAGAUGAAAUAUUUAAAAAUAACCCACAAGAACUGAACAAAUUGGUGUAUCUACAUGCAGCAUUAUGCGAAACAUUGAGACUGUUCCCUCCAGGACCAGUGCUGUCAAGAAUAGCUGUUGAACCUGACACCCUCCCGAGCGGCCAUAGAAUCAAUGGGAACACGAAUGUUGUGAUCGCAGUACACGCAAUGGGAAGGAUGACAUCGAUAUGGGGAGACGAUUGUCAUGAAUUCAAGCCAGAGAGAUGGAUCACCGAGCAAGGAGAGAUUAAACGCGUGUCACAUUAUCAGUUUCCGGCAUUCAGUGCAGGGCCGAGGAUUUGUCUAGGGAAGAAGUUAGCAUUUAUGAUGAUGAAGGCAACCGCAGCAACGAUUAUCUAUAACUACGAUAUUGAGAUACAGGUGGAUCACCCAGCUGAACCCAAGAGUAGCGUUGUCUUCCAUAUGAAGCGUGGACUGAUGGCUAGGAUCAACAGUAGAGGAACUUGAUUUAUUUCACGCAUGCAAGCUUAUCUCUAUGUCUUUGUAGUUUGCUCGUCUUUGAUACAUCGUAAGUAGCUUUUCUUUUAAAUAAUGAUCAUGCAGGUUGAAAUAAAUAAAUAAGGAAAAUAAAGCCUUAUUAUUAUUAUUA